AUGGUGAUGAUGUUUCGGAUGGCCAACAAUUACAAGAUUCAGCCUGUUUUUAAGAUAAUCAGAAAUGAAAGCGUUACUGAGGUUCUUCAGAAACUUGGAGAGGAUUGCGAUGCUGUGGCCGGAGACAUUUCUAUCACAUCAAACAGAACAAAUAUUGCUGAUUUUACAAUACCAUAUAUGAGUUCUGAAAUCUACAUGUUUGUGCCAGCUGCACGAAAAUGGAACCAAACCCGGGUGACUUUAUUAAGACCUUUUACAAUAAAGCUUUGGAUUGCAAUAAUUAUUGCUUGUAUAUUUAUUGGAGUAGCUGUCGGAUAUUUGGAGUACCGUGGUAGAAACCCUGAUUUUCUUGACGUUCCUUUCUAUCAAAAAUUAUUUAUGAUCAUUUGGUUUCCCGUUUCGAAGUUUUUCUUCCAAGAAGUUUCUUACAGGCCGGUAGAUAAACCGAUGAAAUUACCGUUAUCAAGCCUGGAUGACUGUAAGAAAGUUUUGGAUAACCGCACGGUAGAUGCCAUUUUCGAUGAGCUUCCUUACAUUGAAAUAUUCCUUGCAAAGUAUGGAGAUAAUUACAUGAAGGUUGGACCACUGGCUAGCAAAUCUGGAUUAGGAUUUGUUUUCCCUCUCGAAUCUCAAUUACAACCAAAAUUUUCAAGGGCCAUUAUAAAAGUAACUGAAACUACAUAUAUGACCGAUAUGAAGAAAAUCUAUCUUCCAAAUCAAUCUCCUCUUCCAACACAGCCUGGUGAUUCCUUUCCGGAAAGUCUGGACAUUCAUAGUUUUUAUUUACUCUUUAUAUUCAUGGGUGUUGCAACUAUAAUCACUAUUAUUUGUUCAGAAAUCUCACUCAUGCGUACACAAGCACAAAUCUCACCAGAGAUAUUAAGAAAUAUGAUGUCUACUGUUGAAAUUAUUUGUGCAAAUUCAAAACAUAUCACUGAAAAUGAGCAUUAG